UUCGCCGCGAUGCGUUCGCUUUCGACUGUCUCGACUCUUCCAAAAAAAUAAAACACGAUAAAUACUCUCAAAAAUAAAAAAUUUCGGAAAAUAGAUUCGAAAUUAAUAAAUUAAAAAUAUUACCUUAAACUAAAAAGGGACGCAAAAAGUAUUGGUUGAAUAAUGUUAAAUACGCAAGAGCAGUUGUCAGGUGCAAUAAAAGUGUAAAGCAAGAAACAAUAAAGUGAAAAAAGAAAACAAUUAAAUGUACAAAUAAUUAAAAUAUAUAUACAUAUGUGCCGUUACUAAACGACUGCAAAAUGCGGGCAUAGAAUAAAGUAUUUUCAGUGAAAUUGCAUAUUUACGAAGUUAAAACUCAUUAUAAUUUCAAAACGUUUAUAAAUAAAAAACAAAGCAAAUAAACGAAAAAUAAGAAAGGAAGCUAAUUACGCUUGGUACAAACACAAGCUACAUUGUACUGCUCUGUACAACGGACACUUCUGCGAGAAGGAAGCCCCACAGCUUGAGAAUGAAAUGGAGAUGCAAAGCUACUCUGGUCAUAGACCAUCGACAGGCAUAUCAGAAACAGCAACAGCAGCAGUGGCAUGUGCACCAGACACAGCAGCAACAUUCACACAGCGACACUUCAAUUGUCGGCUGGAAGAGGCUGAUUGGCCUGGGGUUUUCCUGCCGUUUAUUGACUGCAAAAGCAGCCACACCAACAGAACAUCCUACAUCUCCAGCAGCAACAAAAACCACUUUCUGCCCACCAGCAACAUCCUUAUUGACGGACGCAACAACACAUUCCAGUGUGCACGGCAAGCUUUCGACGAAGCGGAACACAGCGCAUUCUAUAGCUGCAGUGCGGAAAGACCAUUGUCUGAAAACUCCACAUUAAGGAUGAAGUGGAGACUGUUGCGAUGGCCGCACGAGGCGUACGAGCACUUUCGACUGGCAAUCAACGGGACCCUUCGUGAUUAUGCGAGUGAUACAUUUAGUGAUAACGAUGAGGGAUUCAUGCAACGCGAGAGGGAGCCACAUCAGGAGCUGGAAAGCGUGGAGGAAAGCUUUUCAAACGAGCUAAGCCCCCAACGCGAUGAAUUCUGGUCCUUCCUUAACCUAAGUGAGCUAAUGAAGCCCGACUACGACUCUCUGGGCAUCAUAAAUGUCACCAGCACCAGCUUAGACAUGAUUUUGCCGAACUUUACAGCCCUGAACACGACCACUGCUGACACGGCUGCCGACCUCGCGGUAACAAAGAGCUUUUUGGACCUAAGUCCCCAUGGCUACGACUGGCUAUUCCUGUUCGUGGUGUUUUUUAUCUUUGCGGGUGGCUUGGGUAAUAUGCUUGUAUGCGUAGCCGUGGCCUUGGACCGGAAGCUGCAGAAUGUCACUAACUAUUUCCUGUUUUCCCUGGCUCUAGCCGAUCUCCUGGUUAGUUUGUUUGUGAUGCCCAUGGGUGCGAUACCAGCAUUUUUGG